AUGUAUUUUCCUACGUCCAGUGAGUGCACGGUCCAAGACCGCACCGCGGAUGCGUCCUUCCAGACCACUAACCUUCCACCUGUGGGAUGCCGGGCCUUCAUGCAGUCUAGCCUGUACAAGGAGAACAAUUUCGAACUGGGCCAUAGCGAGGUCUGGGGAUCAUGGUACGACGCUUCUGCAGAAAGAUGGGGCUACGCGUGCUGUCGAGCAUUGCAACGCUCGAAGCGAUGUGCUGCGAAUGCAUCACCGGCGCAGGAUCUCGAGGACGGCGGCGAUCUCGAAGCCGGCGCUCCCACUUGCCUGGACGAUCUUCAGAGCGGCCUCCCAUUCGCAGAGGCCGACCUCUUCGCACUGCGAUGGUUACAAGCAGUGCUGCGAGAGUAUCGUCGCCAACAUCAGCUGGACGCGGCUUGCGCUUCACGCUUCGGACGUUCACAACCGGAAGAGGUGGAGCGGUCCCUGGCAACCCUGCUGCAGACUCUGCAGGCAAGCUGUCAGAGUUUCUGGAAGGGGGAGGAAGUCCAUGUCUGGAGCGUUGGCCACAACAAGUGGUUCAAAACCGGGCGGGUUGUCGCCGUGAGGCAGACAGAAGAAGGAGGGCGAGCUGUCGGCUCGGUGCUUGUUACGUUUGUGGAGACCGCCGACAGCAAACCUUCCAGGAAGUGGGUGUCUCCGGCCAACAUACCGUCUGUCCUGCGGAAGGCAGCAGAGGUGAAAAUUUCGCGAGAUGAUCUGGACAAGAUCGUGCGAAUAGCUGAACUUUGUGCAGAACGAGAAUAUCAUGCCGCUAGCCAGGUGUACCUAGAGCUGACUGUGGGUCAUGGACGAUGGCAUGGAGAUCUGUCCCUAGUCAGCACAGAUAGCAGAACUGGACUGGACUUCACCUACAACAUGGAUCCUACCCUAGCUGCGUGCUUCGCUCGCCAGAAGGAGAAGCAUGAGAAAGGCGAGGAGGUGGCAGAGAUUGGAUCCCAGGCGAAUCAAAGAACACAGCUAGAUCCUGUUCUUGCGCAAAGAUGGGAGAAGCUGCAGAAAACUGAGUUUCCGGUGGAAGAUGACAUCGGUUCCAAAGCCGAGAAGAUCGUCAAACUAGACCCUGUGCUUGCCAAGCGCUGGUCGCAGCAGCAGGAACUGGUCGACUCGGGUCUCUAUGAAGCUGAGAUUGGUUCUGUAGCAGAGAAGUCGACGAAGCUGGAUCCGACGCUUGCCAAGCACUGGGCAGCAGCUCACGAAAGGGCCUUGGCAGGCAAAGGGAUUCCGGACCCAGAAGAAGCAGGUCCCAAAGCUGACUUUUCCAGGAAAGACACCGAGCUUGCAAAGCGCUUUGCAAAGCUGCAGCGACAAGCUCAAAGAAAUGAAGGUGGCGAGGCAGAGAGAUGCCAGCUACAAUUCUCCGCUGGAGAGAGCAAGGAGCACGAAGUCUGCACUGAAGGGGCCGCCAUUGGCCGCCUCCAGUGGAGCGCCGUGGUCCUGGCAGACUUCACAAUAGAUCUCGAAGUCUGUGCUGUGGUUCGAAUACCGCCGGAGAUGGAGAGCACAGAGACCAUCGUGUUGCAAAGGAAUGCUCGUGGAGGAACUUUUGUUGGCACGCUGGACUCGAGAACCGACAG